AGUUGGGCCAGUCCUAAGCAACUUUUACAGGUCAGACCAUGAACGGAAGAGUGAUUUCCUCGGACGAACUGUCCAAGGCACGUCCAUUUGGAGACUUCUGCCCAGUGUUCAAAAUCGACGAUAAUACCGUUGUGAAGACUGGAGAUUGUGUUCGGCUCGCCGAAGCCGCGGCGAUGAAACUUGUUCGCGAACGAACAACCAUCCCGGUUCCCGAAAUAUUCAAUGCAUACACCGAUGAAGACUCUGGCCACGUUCGAAUCGUGAUGCAAUUUGUGGAGGGAGAUGUGCUUGCAGAUGUUUGGGAAAAAUUCAACAAUGAUCAAAAGGCAGAUGUUAUCGAACAACUACGAGGGUUUUUUUCUCAAUUACGCAACAUUAAAGGUUCCUUUAUCGGCUCUGUCGACGGCACAGCAUGUGAGGAUCAGAUGUUCACGGAUGAGCUUGGAGCCUAUGGGCCAUAUGAGGACGAGGCAGCAUUUAAUGAUGGCAUUGUUACAGCACUCAAGCGUUCAAAGCAAAAUGCUUGGGUUGAUUUAGUUUCAAACAUGAUAGAGGGUAUACUGAAGGGUCACGAUACCGUUAUGACUCAUGGUGAUUUCUGUCCAAGGAACAUCAUUGUACAAGGGACCCGAGUCGCUGCAGUAAUUGACUGGGAAAUGUCCGGCUUUUAUCCUGAAUACUGGGAAUAUGUCAAGGCACUUUAUCGGCCUGCUUGGGAAAGUGGAUGGAUUAAAGAACGAGCCGUGGAUUAUAUUUUACAUCCGUAUCUUUCGGAGCUCGGUGUUAUUUUACACACAAGAGAUAUAGUCUGGUAAUUCUUGAAAUAAUAAUAUGAGAUGAAGUUACGACCAG